AUGGGAAGGACAAAAGGUUUCGGUUAUGUUAACUACUUAUUGAAUGAGGGCGCACUCGGCCUCCUCCCGACCCUCCGCCGCGCUCCGCCUCUUCCGCUCGCCCUCCCUCCUCCCCACCCCUCCCCUCCUCCUCUACACCACAUUUUCGCCUCCAAAACACUCCACCUCCUCCUCCGGUCCCCUCGCCACCUCCCCCGCGCCGUCUCCUUCCUCCGCUCCCUCCCCUUCCCCCUCCCCGACCACUCCCUCAACUCCCUCCUCCGCUCCCUAGCCGGCGCCGGCCACCUCCGCUCCGCCGCCUCCCUCCUCCCCGACUCCCCCACCCCCACUGCCGCCUCCUUCAACGCCCUCCUCUCCGCGCUCCUCCGACGCGGCCGCACCCGCUCAGCCGCCGGCCUCUUCCGCCGCAUGCUCCGCUCCCCGGCCCGCCCCGACGUCUGCACCUUCAACACCAUCAUCCGCGGCCUCUGCCUCAACUCCGCCCUCGGCGACGCCUUCCGCCUCUUCCACGACAUGCCCCGCCGCCACCGCUGCCCCCCCGACGUCGUCACCUACAACACCCUCCUCGACGGCCUCUGCCGCGCCGGCAGAGUCGCCACCGCCCGCAACCUGCUCGACGGUAUGCGCGCCAGAGCCUCCCCCCACCUCUCCCCAAAUAUCGUCUCCUACACUACCGUGAUUCGCGGGUAUUGCGCGAAAUCGCUCCCCGAUGAGGCCGUCGCCCUCUUUGAAGAGAUGGUCGCCACGGGGCUGAAGCCCAAUAAGAUCACCUAUAACACUCUCAUCCAAGGCCUCUGCAAGGCUCGGAGGAUGGAUUUGGUGAAGAGGAUGUUGGGGGAUGAUGGUUUUAAGCCCGAUACGUGCACCUUCAACACGCUGAUCGCUGCGCACUGUAAAAUGGGCAAGAUCGACGAUGCGCUGAAGGUGUUCGAUAGAAUGCUUGAGCUGCGCGUGAAGCGCGACUCUGCAAGCUAUAGUACGGUGAUGCGUGCCUUGUGUGAGAGCGGAGAGUUUCGGAGGGCGGAGGGGCUUGUAGACGAGUUGUUGGAGAAGGAGGUGCUGAAGAGGAGAGGCGUGUGCGUUCCACUCGUCGCGGCUUAUAAUCCGAUUUUCGAGUACUUGUGUCGGAAUGGGAAGGCGAAGAAAGCAAAAGUUUUGUUCCAACAGCUCUUGGACAGGAGGGGCAAACUGGACUUUGCCGCCUUUAAGACGCUGAUUUUGGGGCACUGCAAGGAAGGUGCAUUUGAAGAAGGGUUUGAUCUGCUGGUCUCAAUGUUGGCAAGAGACCUUGUUCCAGAUGCCGAGACGUAUGUUGCUCUAAUUGAGGGGUUUUUGCAGAAGAGAAAGAUUGGCUUUGCUCUCAAGGCUCUGGAGAAGAUGUUGAAUAGCGGGCAUCGGCCUAGCACGAGUGUUUUCCAUUUAGUACUCUCUGGGCUUCUAGAGAAAGAAAGGUAUGCUAACGAAGCUAGUAAUUUGGUUGCUGUCAUGUUAGAGAGGAAAAUUCGUCAAAAUAUCGAUCUUUCUACUAAGGUUGUGUCUGGUUUGUUUAGUAACGGUCUGAAUGAGAGAGCAUUCAAGAUUAUUAGGUCACUUUAUGACAACGGAUAUUAUGUGAAGAUGGACAAGUUGGUUGAAAAUCUGUGCAUAGAAAAGAAAUUCUUGGAAGCGCGGGAACUUUUGCUGUUUAGUUUGGAUGCUCGUCAGAAAAUUGAUUCGGUAGUUUUCGCUUCAGUGCUUAAUGGGCUUUGUCGGGCUGGAAGAGCUUCCGAAGCAUUCACGCUUUUCUAUGGAAUGAUUGACAAGGGAAGUUUGACUGUACCUUCUGAUUGUUUAGUUGCUCUGCGUGUUGCACUUCAGGAAGCAGGAAGACUUAAAGAGGCUGAUUUCGUCGGCAAACAAAUGAGACGUGCAAUUACUUGAAGUGGGAAUUGCAUGGUUAUUCUCAAUUUUCUCCCCCGUGGAGGUGUCAUGGUUUAAGAAGUUAAGUGUUGGGAGAUGGUUAUAAAAGAAGAUGCAGAUGAACAUGUUUGGAAUGAGAUGAGCUUUUCGAGAUCGACCGUGAAAACAACCAUAUAAUUUGGUAUAUUACCGGGAAGCUAAUUAUUUGAUGAUUUUGCUAAUUUUUCCAGUGUAAAUGUUGCACAUCGAUCCCCAAUUAUUUUUUGUGUGGACAUAAAGCCUCUCGCUUUCCAGCUCGCAGGAGCCUUGAUUUUAACCAGAGGGUUUACUCUUGCGUAAUUAUCCUCUUCCGCAACCAGCAUGGUCAUUGGGUCAGAGGUUCUGGACAUGAUUGGCACUUCCAUGAGCGGCAUACAGAUCAAUGGUUAGAGUGACUGCAGGCAGAAUAAAUGACAGGGAGCUUUUCCGUAGGAAACAAGGAUGGAGCUUUCCCUCAGAGGUUUACCAAACUGCAAACUUUAUCUAAGACAUUGAGACAGAUUAAGAUCCACUUUACUCUAGCGCAUAUCUGUCCAUUAGACCUUGCCACCGUGGUUUCAUCAAAGUUAAGAAGACGACCAACUCUUGUGACCACUUGAAGGUGUACAUGCUUCUUCCAGUACUCAAAAGGCGGAUUAUAGAGGUUAGCCCAAACAGGAGCAGUUGAAAUAACUUGAUCUGAUGAGUUGAAGUUUGGUUUCCUAGCAAAUGAAAUUAAUAGGUAGCUCUUUUACCGUCCAAGGUCCACCAGAAAGGACAACAUGUAUGCCCUCCUUAAGCGACCCGCUUUUCAAGAAGAGGUUCAGUAAGGAAUACAAGAUCUUCUUAGCGCUUGUUUAGCUGCUUUCUGGAUCAGCUCCUCCACUCUAAGUUGUUGUUAAGCAUUUCACAAACAAAUAACUUAGUGCUCAAAAUGAGCUUCUAGACUUCAAAAGGAGAAGGUCCAAUUUGAAAUUUCUGACUGCUGGAGUAAGAAGUUUGCUUUGGGCAUUUAAAUGAAGUAUUUAUGAGUGUUUCUUUAAUAUCUCUACUCAAAUAGAACAUCAGCAGCAAAUGCAGCAGCGCCGAGUAGUUACCAAUUUGCACAAAACCACAUCUUGUUACAUCACUGACGGCUACUUUUUAGGAUUCAUAUUCCUGUUUAAGUAAUAUGUAUAUCACUUGAUAGACGUGUUUAACACUGAAGUUUGUAUAUUGUAGGCCUGAGAUGAACACCGGUCUGAUAUCAGGUAAGGAGAUACCGUUGACAAUCUCUUUGAGAGUGUAGAAUGCAAGAGAAGCAACAAUUACAUAAGCCAACAUAUGGAGUAAGAGUGUUUUUUAUUUCUUCUGGAAGUUUAAUGCGAGGUUGUCAACUCUCUCUUCCUUGAAACGGGGAAUUAAACUAUUCAUUUUAACAGGAAAGCGAACUCAGUGAUGCAAGGAGUACUUUUUCUUUUUAAUAAAAGUGUGCAGGUUGACUAGUGGAGUUCUUCUGUGAUCAUCUCAUAAAGAGAUGCAACAAUUCUUAAAGAGAUUAGGUAGCUGCUUGUUCUGAAAAUCGAUCUAAUUGUGUAGUUUAUCUUUAGAUUGGUACAGUCUGAAUACUUAAUAGAGAUGGUUACAUUGUAAAGAAUGGAAUUAUGUCAGAAUAUUUCUGCAAGAUCUUUUCUCCUCCUUUUCUCCCUAAAAAGUUGAGUAUGCGAUGGGUCUUUAGUAUGUUUGGAUGGAGAGAUUGGGUGAGAAAUGAGAAGGAAGGAGAGAUGCUACUCUUUUUUUCGGUAUGGAUUAUUGGAUGUAUAUAAGAAAAACGAGAGGAAAUGAGCUUGUGAUAGUUUA